AUGUCUUUUUGUGUGUCCGUCAUACGUCCGUCAUACGUCCGUCAUACGCUCGUCACACGUCCGUCACACGUCCGUCACACGUCCGUGAUUCGUCCGUCAUACGCUUGUCACACGUCCGUCAUACGUCCGUCAUACGUCCUUCACACGUCCGUCACACGUCACACGUCCGUCACACGUCCGUCAUACGUCCGUCACACGUCCGUCACACGUCCGUCAUACGUCCGUCAUACGUCCGUCACACGUCCGUCAUACGUCCGUCAUACGUCCGUCACACGUCCGUCAUACGUCCGUCAUACGCUCGUCACACGUCCGUCACACGUCCGUCACACGUCCAUCACACGUCCGUGA